UGCAUGGCAGUUCGAUCAAAGUUGCCAGAUGUUUUCAUUCCCACUGGCCAAGUUGAUGUUGGCAUUAAAGGAGGGUUAGAAGCUGCUAUCCACUGUCUUUCCAGCUUCAUAGAAUCACAUGUGAACGAUCAGGAUCUCUGUUAUCUGAAAAUUGAUUUCUCAAAUGCCUUCAAUGAGUGUAAGCGACGGUCCUAUCCCCAACGUGUACAUACUCAAUUUCCGGAGUUAUUCGCAUGGUCUCAAUGAUCAUAACACUGAGAACUUCGCUUUGGGAAUGAUUAGAUCAUCAGAGUGAGUUCAGCAAGAAGACCCUCUGGGUCCUCUUCUUUUUUCGUCAGUUAUCCUGGAGCUCCUUGAUGAUAUUAAUGAUAUACCGGAUCUGCACCUCCAGCUUUGGUACAGUGCCACCAGGCAUAUCUGGCCAUCUGGGGGUCCAAAAGUCAAAAACACACCUAAUUCAAAUUUGGCGUUCGCAAUUGCGUUGAAAUUUGGAGACAAAGAGGAGAAACAAAAUCUGUUUCUAUAUUCAAUUUCUUGUUUGAAAAUGAUCUCCCUACGGGACUCCCAUUUGGGGAACUGUGAUGUCGAUGUUUAGAACAUAUCGUCGCAUUUCUCGCUGUCAGAAAGACGCACGACUCUAAAAUUUAGUCCAAAGCUUUGUUAUAUUGUUUUAUUAAAAAUCAUAGAGGCGAUUUUAAAACAAAGCUUCUGCUUUGCAGAUAUUCAUUGAAAGGGUCCCCGGAAAGGGUGUUGUUUAGUCGUGUUUGUCCGUUGAACAGCAACACUUGGCAAUGAACGUACACGAGUACGUUAUUCAGACGUUGGAGCAAAAAUCAUUGAGGCGAUUUUCAAAAGACGCUUUCAAUACGGAGUUAUAACACAAUGAAGUUGUUGUUCUAAUUGCUAUACCUCUAAUGCUAAUAAAAUAAUUAUUACAACAGAAUCUUCACAUAAUGUGUAACACUACUUCAGUUCACUCAACCUAGAUUACAAGGACAGCACAAAACAAUAAAUUCUUCACAUCUAGAGCUUGUCAUCUGAUCACGACGAGGAAGAGUAGCGAGCCAGUCACGGAUCAGCUUGUCGAAUCUCUCGUCCGUGCCGGGAUCUGCAUCCUGGCAGUCCAUAGAAGUCAUAAAAGUCUUCACAGGAUCUUCAGCAGAAGAAACAGAGGGCAACGGAGUGGCUGUCUCAACGUCCCUCAAAAGGGGAGCCUGCUGUUCGUCAGCAAGCCAUUAUUCCAUCUCCGUUUCCACUCAGAUAGAGCCCGCCAUCAAUUCUCGAAUACUUCUCGCUUUCAACUCCUACACGAAUGUUCCACAUCAACCCGAACAUGUAAUGCAAAUAGCAACUGUUGCAUGGUUACGCCCAACAUGCAAACAACCUUGGGGCGGAGUCAAUUAUGUCAACCAAUCAGCGAUUAGCCAUGCCUAUUCUUCAGCUAAUCAACACACUGCAUUUCUAUCUUCUUUCCAGAAUGUUCUAUAGACCUGUAUAUAGAUUACUGAAGUGACCUCACUCUAAGGAACACGCGUGAGUGUGUUUGUGUGUGUGUGUGUGUGUGUGUGUGUGUGUGUGUGUGUGUGUGUGUGUUGGCGGCAUUACCAUAGCUCCUCGGAAUUCCACUGUAGGGCGCGUGAAAGUUAUGGCCAGAUAUGCCUGGUGGCACUGCACUUAGAUGAUGGCACCUUCGUAGCAAAACGCAGUUCUGUUGCUGCUUUCCUGGACUUACUGUCAUCAAAGGGCCCAUCGCAUGGCCUUUACAUUAAUAAGAAGAAAUGUGAGGUAUUCUGGCCAUCAGAUGACAUUUCAUUUCCAGAGUUCCCUGGAGAGGUCAUACGAAUCAAUCAGGGUUCAGAAGGUGCAGAGUUUUUAGGGGCUCCAGUUGUCGGGUCUGAUUCAUUCUUUAAUCAAUCCUUUCCCAAACGAGUGGACAAUGUUCUCUCCUGUCAGGAUCAUCUCUCUGAACUCGAAGACCCCCAAGUAGAGAUGCACCUCCUACACAGCUGUCUUAGCCUGUGCAAAUAAAUCAUCUAAUCAGAACUGUCUCCCAGGGAGAGUGACAGAACAACUUAGCCGGUUUGAUCAUGGUGUGCAUCGUUGCCUAGAGAAGAUGUUCAAUUCGUCUAUGUCUGACGCCUGUUAGAAACAGGCAACCCUACCAGUCCGUCUUGGUGGCCUUGGUCUAAGAGAAGCCAGCAGAACAGCUUCAGCAGCCUUCAUUGGAAGCUGUAAUUCAACUCGCAAAUUAUUAAGUCAAUUGCUUGGCAUGCUACAUCAUUUGUGGAUGGCAGUGAGCACGUCAACCUCGCCUCAUUUGACCAGAAUUUGAUAGUCCCUGGUGAACUACCAACUCGAGAGAUUUUAAGGAGAGCACUGUCACACUAUGAACAUAUUGAUUUCAAGGCUUCUAAACAAUGCGAAUUCCAAGCCGUUCUCAUCACUGCUACGAAAAAUCAAGGCUGAAAGUAACUUACGAGAUAAAGCACGUCUCAACUCAGUCUCUGCCAGACAAUCCGGGGCAUGGCUUGUGGUAAUACAUAACCAGAAAUUAGGCCUGGUCAUGUCUCCUCAAGAAUUUAUGGUUGCUCUUCGUAUGUGGCUUGGCAUUCCUAUGUUUCCAUCUCCUCCUUCGUCCAUAAGGUGUCCUUGCGAUACUGUCAUCGAUCCAGAUGGAGAUGAUGUCUUGGGUUGUGGUCAUGGCUCACUAAGAAAUAAAAGGUAUGACACACUUUGUGACGUCAUUUUCAACACAGUUCUUGUUGAUAACCGUGAUUGCAAGAAGAAGCAACGGUGCAACAGCCACAACAAUGCCAGACUAGGGGCUGCGUUUCAUCCUGACUUCCUGCAAGGCCGAGUUGCGUAUUUUGAUGUGACCGCUAGGAAUUCCCUACAGGCAUCAUAUCUCCUAGAGUCAGCCACCCAACCAGGAGCAGCAGCUGCUGGAGGAAACUCCCAGAAGACUGCAUGGUAUGAAGAUGAAGUUAACACAGCUGGAUGUGAUUUCUAUCCUCUAGUUGUAGAGACACUGGGAGUUUGGUCUCCUAGUUCUUUAGAGAUUUUAAAAAUUAUAGCAAGAAGAACUGUUUUACCUACAGGGGCAACGGUCUCUAAAGCUAUCCAGCAUUUACUGCAACAACUUUCUUCUAGCCUUUGGCGGUAUAAUGCUAAACUGAUCUUGAGCAGACUAGCCAUCUGUAAUGUUGACAAUGUUAUGUGGGAGUAUGUGUGAUUUGUUUGCCCACUGUUAGUGGGUAAAAUGUAAAAAAUAAAUAUAAAUACACACACACACACA